GAAACUUGUCAACGCAUCUGUCAAAUCAUUUCCUUGUAAACUCAUUUGCACCGGAGAAACCAUCGCACCCGUUACCAACUGGAUCUGAUGCAAGAAGCAAGCGCAGAUCCAAGGGUGUCAGAGCCCACUCCAGAAGGCCUCAACAGAAGCCACCUAAACAUUGGGGUUCUAGAGGAGUUUGCCCAAAAUAUGACCGAGAACAUAAUCCAGUCCUUUACAAGCCAAAUGGAAAUGGUGGCGCCUGAGGGGGACUGCCUGGCGUCCAGAUUUGAUCAGAACCAGGAGACAUUUGCUGAAGAGUUAGCCUUAGCAGUGAUUGACGUUGCUCUGAGGGAAGUGUGUGGAGGUCACAACGUUGAAAAUCAUGACGGUUCCAAGAGAACAAAGUCAGCUUUUCUAAAUGAAUCUGACAGCAAAAGAUCCACAGAUAUGGAUCCAGGCAAAGAAAUCCAGACGUUCAAAGAAACCCAGCCCUGUUACCCACCGUUGUCCCAGUCAGGGCUCCUCGUCAUGGGAUCCCUUGACUACCCCGACGCCCCUCCAACCACGCCUCUCCUCCCUCAGCUUGAAAGGAGCAGACACAGUUUCGCAAGGAAGCUAAAAGGAGGCUUGGCGAAGGUUUUCCUGCCGUCCCCUCCUCCGCCAACCCCAAAGGACAAAGAGGACGACAGGGACAGAGCUGCCAACGACUCCCAGGUGGAGUUAAUGGAGCAUCUGAUGCACUCGCUGUCCACAGAUGAUUUGGCAAGAGACUCUUUUGAAGCAGGACCUCACCAUGGAGCCAAGCUGGAGGCGUUUGCGGAGGCUCUUUCAUGUGACAUUAUUGGCUGGGUCUUGAGUGAUAAAAACAGAGAGCAGAUACCCGAUAGCGAUCUUCAUCUACUCGCCCACCAACUGGCUGAAACCAUCAUCUCCUCCUCCCUUGAUGAAGCUAAAAUGCUUGUCUAGUAUUGGUAUCUUAAUGUGGUUAAUGGGAUCAUAUUUGUGAUUACUGGCAUGUUGACACACACACACACACACACAAACACACACACACACACACACACACACACACACACACACACACACACACACACACACACACACACACACACACGUUACCUCCACGGUGACUACCACUGCAUUUUUAUUAAAGGAACCCAUCAACGUAUUGGGACUUUAGCUUAUUCACCGUAUCCCCCAGAGUUAGACAAGUUGAUACACACCCUGCUCAUCUCUGUGCAUGCUGUAACUAGCCUAGCAAAGAUCCUGCAGGUAACUGGUUCCAACUAGCUACUGCUCCAAAUAAGUGACCAAAUAACGCCACUAUAGCAGUGGCAGGAAAACUAAUGGUUUUGAAAGAGAGAGAUUUAACUGCAAUAAACAUAAAUGUCCUGUAGAUGGCAUCACAAGAGCAAUGCUCUGAGUAUCUUCAGGAUGAGCAUGAGGUCAGUGAGGUGGAAUGUGUGCCUGCUCUACCAACUGAGCGAACCGGACAAUCGAUUUUGUUUUGAAAUGAUGAAAGAGAAUAAAGACUUUAUUUUUGAAUAUUACAAAUAUAAUUGCACUUUACGGAUUUUUUUUAAAUACCACCAUUAAGGGAUAACUUUUAUGAACACAACUCUGGCAAAGGAUGAAAUUGCAUCGUUGAUGUUUGAGGAGUUUCUAUCCCCCCUCUAAGUAAAAAGUGCCCUAUUCUGUUUAUAAUCAAGUGCAAUCCUGGAAGUUAUUUGCUUAUUUCCCCUUAAUUGUCCUAUAAAACAAUAUAUUUAUUAGUGAUUCAUUCAUCCCCUGGACUGAACUGAAUAGUUGCAUUUGGGAAGUCUGGAUCAAAUGAAACAAAUGUUCAUACUCAUUUACUUACUGAAUUCAGAUCCGAGAGAAGAAGGAGCCACAGUGAUUAAAUGAU